UUUUUGUUUUUGUUUUGGCAAUAGGGCUUAAAAAAUAUUCUGAUAAAAUUACAAAACGCCAAAUCUACGAUUCAUUAAGGCUGUAAAAUUUCGUUCGUAAUUAGGCUAAUUAGUGUGAAAAUAUGAUGAAUAUUUUUCAUCUUUAUCUUAACCGCUUUAGAAUCUUUUAUCUUAAUUAUUACAUAGGCUACUUUUUAUUCAGAUCCUCGAGUCACCAACGCACAAAUACUUUCGAUAUUUAAACUGUUGACUUCGCUAUUUACCAAACAAAGUGACGUCAGGCACACGCUUAACUUCCUAGAUACAAAUAUUGGCAUCGUCGGUUUCUAAACAUGGCGGGUGAGAGGUGAAGUACGAGCAGAGCGGGCCGUUCCAUUUGAUCAGACUGGAUACCAAGCAACGGGCUCCUCUGUCGCUGUAUAAAGAUCAGAGAUGAGUGCUAGGAGGAGAAAAAAGGACGAAAAGCCCCCUCCAGCGACGGGCCCUGGGAGCAAGAUCAUCUCCCUCCCCGACCCCGUCAAAAAAUACCUCAAAAAGCUCCCGGAUGGAAAGAAAAUUCAUUUAAAGUUUGGCAAUGGGAAUUGGAAAUCCUUACCAAUUGAAAUUUACAAUAAUGAAGAAGUUAGUCAGCUGGCAGUGAAAUUUACCGCAGAAAACAAUCGACUGAAGAGGCUGCCGAAGACUGUUUCAGCUCUAGAGAAUGUAGAAUUUAUUGACAUCACCAACAACACUCUUUCAACUUUCCCGGGUUCUGUGUCACGGAUGAAGAAACUUGAAAUUUUGACAAUUAAAAAUAAUGCAAUUAAAAAAUUACCACCUGCAAUACACAAAUGCACAGGAUUACAGAAGCUGUAUGCUUCCAAUAACAAGAUUCGAGCCCUCCCGAAGAACAUCGGAAAGUCCACGAUUGCGUAUAUGGACUUGUCUUCAAACUUAAUCCGAUCAAUCAAGAAGGGGCUUUACGAGAUGACUGCCGAGGUCGACUUGUCUGACAACAGAAUAACGGAAAUGCCAUCAGCAGCCGUCAAAAAACCCAAUAUACAGAAGAUUAUUUUGGCGCGUAAUGGCGUAACUGUGAUUCCCGAAAACAUCGACAAACUCUCGCGUCUCACGUGGCUUGACCUUUCUCACAACGCGGUGCAGGAACUUCCGGCACAGAUAGGGGGUGUCCGAUAUCUUCAUUACCUAAACCUUAAGGACAACCAUAUCAAAAUUUUACCGGAAGAGAUAUGUAAUCUAGGAUACGCACUUGACCAUCUGGAUAUCUCUCAAAAUGAAAUACCGGUGUUACCAGACGCCAUAAAGAGCCUUCGAAAGUUGACAUAUCUUGACGUUUCCAAAAAUGAAGUGGAGUAUCUACCCGAGAGUAUACGAGAACUGCCGUGUUUAACAACGCUUGGGGUUUCCGAAAAUAAAUUGAUGUCCAUGAAAUUUGCUGUGUAUCUAAAGCAGUUAGAGCACCUCUAUCUCUCCAAAAAUUCGAUUGAGGUUAUACCCGAUGAAAUCGACCAAAUGAAGUCGCUUGUCACACUUGACCUUUCGUGGAACAAAAUCAAAGAAUUACCUGCAACCAUAGGAAACGUCAAAAGUUUGAAGAGCUUAAAUCUUUGUGGCAAUAAGAUUUCCGCCAUCCCAGAUAGUUUAGGCCAAGGUCAAGUUUUGACCUUUUUAGACUUAUCCCACAACCGACUGACUGUGUUACCUUCUGAUCUUAGAAAACUACGAAAUCUUGAAACAUUCCACGUGAGUCAUAACGAAAUUGCGCUAAUGCCCAAAUCCAUCGACUUUCUGUAUCAGCUUCGAUCAUUGGAUGUUUCGCAUAAUGGACUCAAUGAGUUGAACCUUCCAAAGACGCUGACGCACCUUAACAUGUCGGACAACCCUCUUUCGAUCAACCCGACUGACAUCAGGUCCACCAUUGUUGUCAUGGGUGACAAAGAUCACCUUAGAAACCUGACGUCUCUCGCGCUCUGCAGCCUCGGUAUGGACGAGAUUCCACCGAGCGUCUUCAAUCUGAGAUGCCUUAAACACCUCGAUGUUUCAAACAAUGCUUUAAAAACAUUAACAGACAAUGUGUGCAAAAUGAGAGGCUUAGUAUCGAUUAGUGCAUGUCGCAACGAAAUAACAGCUCUACCCGAAAAAAUUGGAGCACUGAAAAAAUUAGAGAAACUCCACGUUUCUCACAACGGCCUUACGAACUUUGCACCAAGUUUGGGGCGCUUGGUUUCACUGUGUGAUCUGAACAUGGCGGGCAAUAAAAUCACACUUUUACCAGAUAAUUUUGGAGAUCUGAAUAAGUUGAUUAAUAUGGAUCUCUCGGAGAACGAGCUUCUAAAUUUCCCAAAGGAUCAAAUCGAUGUUUUGGCCUCUUUACUACAAUUGAACAUAUCCAAGAACCAUAUUGACCAGAUGCCAAUAGAAUUUCCUUAUCUUUAUAGACUCCAGGUUCUAAAGGCAGCUAGCAACGACCUCAAGUCGAUCCCAAAUGACAUGGAUAAAAUGAAGUCAUUAGAAAUCCUUGAUCUCUCUGACAACAUCAUUGAAUCUUUACCGGAAAAAAUAUGCAAAAUGCCGGAAUUGAAAGAAAUCAAUGUUUCUGAAAACAAAAUUACUAGAGGAUGGCCAAAGGCUUGGGAAAAUCUCCGCCAAAAAAUCAAGGUAGAAAACGCAGAUCAGGACAGCUUUAAGGAACGACAAGCACGUGAAAGGCCGAGCGACAAAGUGGCUGAGACGCAGGUCAGUCCAAAGUCAGCAAAACGCGGCAAAAAGAGAGUCUCGCCCAUUGGAACGCCUCCCAUCAAAUCUCGUGAGAAGUCUGCACCCGUGAAAUAGCUUACCCUAGGUAUAGAGACAGGAAAAUAGUUAGAUAAAAGUGAAAUAUGCCGUCAUCAUCAUCCAUCUUUACUGAACUUUGAAUCUACAGACACGUAUAUACACCUGUAGAAUUCCAUGUAAUCAAAUUAUACUAGGGGUACUUACCUGCUUUUUAAAAUGUGACGUAGAUAUGUCUAGUCAUUUUUCUAAAUCUAAUAUCUAGUUGUUCUUUCUUUUUAGGUGCUAUAUAUCUAUUCCGAUUCUGAAUAGAAGUGGAAAAAUUCUUUAUUUUCCACUAGAAAUGUAUAUUAUUUCUUAAUUAUUUUAGUCAACCGAAGAUUGUAUUUCAUUGUGAUAUUUUCCCUUGUUUGACGUCCUGAGUCAUCGAUCUACUGAUUGAUUUUCCCACAGUAACCGGUGUAUAUCAAUUCUAAUUAAACCCCUAUCAGCUGAUUGGUAUAGGAGUGUCGUAUCAGGCCGCACAAUUCCUGUACUUGAUCGCUUCCAAAAUAAUGACUGACCUUUGUCCCAAAUUGAAUUCAAGUCGGUUAAAUAUCAGUAUUUUAUUUUGUCAAGUAAAUGGAAGGUAUUGUUAUCUGAAAUAGUUUAUCAAAUGGACAUCAGAGUGAUUUAAUGUAUUAUUGCAUUUAAUCUUAUUACAAUUACUGGUGCUAAUUAUUAAAAGCCUUAUUGAUACAGACUUCUAAUUGCUCAUGUAAACAUGAACACCUGCUUUGUUUGAGAAGCAGGGUCCUAACUUUGUUUGUACGGUGUUAUUUGAUGUUAGAUUUUGUUAAAAUUCUCAAAGUGUCUUUAAAAAAAGGGAGAGUAAAAAUAGCAUUUUGAAAUAGCUUAUGUUCAUUAUCUUGUAAUAUUAACAUUCUUAUAUCUUGUCCCUUCGAAUCACGUUCGUCAGCAGGGACGGAUCCCAAAAAAAAUUCGGGGGUGGGGGGAGGGGGUGGGGGUGCAACCUUUUAUAUAUAUAUAUAUAUAUAUAUAUAUAUAUAUAUAUAUAUAUACACUACAAAAGGAAACUGUUCUCCCAUGACAUUUAAACAAAACAAUUCCCCCUUUUAAUCUGUCAAUGCUGCAGUGACAUCCCCUUCUUUUGUUAUAUGUACCCUGGCCGUUCUUUUGUGAGCGUUUUUAUUCAUGUUCCAAGCAUUUAGCCAUACCUGCAUUUUGUAAAUCUACACUGUAAUUUUGUAGAAUAUCUGUGAUACUGGUAGCUGUUGAUAUAAAUUUAUAUUAUAAUACACUGCAAUAAAAAAUUAUUAAUUAU